AGAAAACGGAACUGGCAGAGAAGAACUGAAACCAGCAACAAAGUAUGUUUCGUUUCUGUUAAGUAUUAUUAGGAGGAGGGGCCAGUGGAAGAAACAGCUGUACCAUAAAUCGAAGCUACGAGGAGCAGAGCGACUUUCCUCAGCAGAGCUAACCCAGAGGAGAGGCAGACAAGGCAGAAAACUUAUCUCCUAUAUCCGAUCUGGAUAAGCACGUGGGAGCCCUGCAGCUCUUGGACGUAAUAUUUGGUCACGCGGAAGGCACAUCUGUGCUAGUGGAAAUAAGCUGCGCUUCUGUCACAGGCUCAGAAUGGCUUUUGAAGAGGAUCAACAACUGCAGAAAGUCUGGGUUAAUUUAGAAACCGAGUAUCCUGAAGUAGUUUUGUGUGUUGGAAAAAUAUGUUUUGGUGAAAAGGCAAGAAAAAAGAUGCCAAAAGAUUCAAAACAAGAUCAAAAAUACACCCUUGCCCGUGCUGUGUGUGCCGUGCUGAACUCUGGAGGAGGUAUCGUAAAAGCAGAGAUUGAAAAUGAAAGCUACAACUUAGAGAGAGAUCAGAUCGGACUAGAUUUAGAAGAGACUUUUCGGUCUCUUGUUUUGUUUCCAGACUGGAGAAAAUACCUGGACUUUGAACAGCGAGAUAAUUACAUUUUGAUUUUUAUUAAAACCUGGAGUAAUGAAAACCCAUCCUUAAGCUCUGCAAACCCACGUCUGUGCAGCCUGAGCACUGGGUUACAUGCAAAAUGUGGUGCUUUUCUUUCUCACAUGAAUCCUACUGAAGCUUUUUCGUUCCUUAAAGAAAAGCAAGAUGAAGUCAGGAGAGAGCUUAGCCCAGGACCGCGUGCUAAAAAAAGGAUAACAAGGGCUGUUGAAGGAGACAUGGAUAACACUGUUGCGGAGUUGUUUGGUAGGGACCAACUACAACAUGGGGAGACAUUGACUUUCACUGAGUCAGGAAAUGUGGAAUUUAAGCACUAUCCAACUGAAAAAAAAUUGACUCGUGUCGAAAAGAUAUUAUCUCAGUACAUCCCUGGAUUUGCAAACACAACCGGCGGGUAUUUGUGGAUCGGCGUGGAUGAUCACGGCAGGGUGCAGGGAUUCAGCAGUGACGAUGAGGAACUUGAAAGAUUAAGUCACAUAAUCAAUUCCGUUCAAAGCAAAUUAACCCUUUUCCAUUUUUGCGGGAGCGGACGUACACACAACAUAAGCUACGAACACAAAAUCUUCAAAGUUUACGACGAGGCUGGAGAUCACUGCGGCUACGUCUGCGCUGUGAAGAUUCAGCCAUUUACUUGUGUCGUGUUUUCUGAAGACCCGGACUCGUGGCUGGUGGAAGGCAGCAUCGUGAGGAGACUGAAAGCGCAUGAGUGGGCUGCGUGGAUGACUGCUGCUGAUCCAGAUCUUUCACAGUUUUCUGAGACCUUUACGCUAGAGCUCAGUCUGGAAAAUGGGCCCCCUCUUGCCAAGCCAGUUUAUUCACACCAGGGCCUCGACAAUGUUGAUGACCUUUGCAUGCAGCUGUUUCCAGUGAAAUCCUACAGAAUAAUAUAUACUCCGGAAAAACUCAGCAAAGACCUCUUCCAAGAGCAUCCCAGGUUGGAUAUUUUAAUAGAAAAUCAAUUGAAGCAGCUUUCUGAGGGAGUUCUGAUAUUUUCCAGAAGCUGGGCUGUUGAAGUUGACUUGCCAGAAAAGCACGACAUAAUUUGUGAUGUUCUCCUAAUAGCCAAGGACAGGCCACCCAUCCUCUAUACAGUCUGUGAGCAUCACAUCUCACGGGAUUUGUUUGAAUACUCAAGACGCAUAGCCUGGAGGCUGAAGGAAAAAUUAGUCAACACUGGGGGCUAUAUUCACAAAUUGUGUGUAAUACCAAAGCUGCUGAUUUUGCCUCCCAAAAUUAACUGUGGAAAAGAAUGGGAUCUGAAUAUUCAAGAAAUGUAUCCCCAAAACUACGGCCUAAUCAAGAGGAACAACUUCAGGGCCCUCUUACAUGCUCUCACAGUAGUUCUGCUGAGUUUCAAGUCCUUUUUAAGUGACCGUAUUGGUUCUGAGUUUUUGAACCUCUUGACCAUCAAACAAUACCAGCUGCUGUCAGAAAAUCUUCACAAAACUAAGAAGCUGUACAUUUAUGGACUCCCAGGAACAGGAAAAACUGUAAUGGCCCUGAAGAUCAUAGAGAAAAUAAGAAGUAUGCUGCAGUGCAAACAAGAGGAAGUUCUUUAUGUAUGCGAGAACAAGCCUCUGAGAGAUUUUGUCUCGAAGAAGAACAUUUGCCAGGCUGUGACAAGAGUAUCCUUUUUGAAGAGAAAGUUUGAUUACGUGAAGCACAUAAUAAUUGACGAAGCACAGAAUUUCCAAGAUGGAGAAGGUGAUUGGUACAAGAAAGCCUUGGCUCUAACUUCAUCACCAAAUCUCCCUGAGCCUGGCUUUUUCUGGAUUUUCUUGGACUACUUACAGACAAGUCACUGCUUCCCAACUGGUCUUCCAGAAGCAAAAUGGCAUGAUCCCAUCGAGUCACUAACCAAAGUGGUUCGUAAUGCUAAAGAUAUCUAUAGCUAUCUAAAACAAAAAAUGCAAACAGUUGUAGAACGCUCUACCCUAAAUAUUCCCAAAGAACGUUUGGCAGAGUUAUUACACAGAACCACAUGCACUCAUGCUGUGAAAGGCCAUAUUGAAAUAGUAACAAAACUUAGAGACAGAGAUGAAAUAGCAAAGUACGUGGCAAAACAUUGUCAUAUGUAUCUUACAAAGGGUUACUCUGAGAAAGAUAUUGCUAUUCUGUGCUACAGAGAUGAAGAAGUAAAAGCAUACAGUGGAAUACUAGCAUCAGAAAUGAAGAAGUCAAAGUCAAGGUCAAGUAUAUCAUUAAAAAACACAGAGGAAGGACUAGAAGAGAAAGCUAUUCUUGACAGCGUCCGUCGUUUCUCCGGCUUAGAAAGAAGCAUUGUGUUUGGAAUUAUUCCUCAAUCCUUUCCAUUUCAGGAAAAAAUUUUAGGCAAUAUAUUCGUCUGUGUAGCAUCCAGAGCUAAUUUAAAUCUACACUUGUUAAUUGAUAACUGAGAAUAGGUAACCAUGUAGGAUCCCAACAAGGCCCUGAUAGGUUGACGAUUAUGUAUAUUUGAAAUUUUUUUUACUCUGUAUCUGAAGUAGAACGAUUUCCUUCAUAACGGUCCUCUCUAAAAGCCCAGACAUUCUUGGGAAGCUUCUAUAGUCUGUUUAAAAUCAAAUGUAAGGUUUCAGUAAUGCAGAGAGAAGAGAUACUUUGAAUGUCAGCAGAAUGACAUCAUUCCCCAAAGGGUCCUUACAAGGACUUGCUAAACCUGACGCUCAGCCUUUGACCGCAGGCAGGUGAGUUGCCAAGUCAAAGCCACUGUGCCAAGACAGGAGGUGGGAAGACUUUCUGGCUUUCACCAGCUCACUCCCACUCUCGUAUACUGCUCAGAAACAAAUAGCAUAGGCAUCCAGCAUCAGAAGCCAUUUUUUAAAAGACAGCCUCUAUUCAGGUAUCUAGGAAAGUGAAAAUGAGGCCUUCUGUCCAUGUUUUAGCUAAGAAGUACAAAGAAAUGGCUUUUACAGGAGCUUCCUCACUCAAUUUCAGCAAGUCAGUAUGGAUUGGAACCCAGUUGCUUCAGUGAGGAGCACCAGUGAGAGAAGGAAAACUUUGCAUAACCACCCUUAGAUACCAAUGGCCCUUUUUGUCUUGGUUUCAGAUAUGCUGGUUAGAUAAAACCCUCUGUAGAGAGUUAGACGCAAAGUACUUUUGAAAAACGGAUCCAAAAUUCCUAAAACUGAGUGUCUGAAGUUGAAGAUGGGUUGAAAACAAACCAUAUUGUUUUCCCCCACAGAAUGACCUGUGGUUUGUUUGAUUUGGAAGAACAGUUUGAUACCCUCCUGGUGCAAUUAUAAAGCACCAGUGAUUUAACUGAACACGGUUACAGUAAGGAGAAGACGUUGUACCCAGCUGCAAUCCCCCUCUAAGUAAGUUUACCUUAUAGCUUAAAACUUCUUGCUUUUCUAACUUCAGGAAGCUUGAGGCACUUUUCACAUCUUUUUUUUUUUUUGUUAGCCAAUAUACAAGAUUAUGCACUUGGUUCCUUUCAUAACCCCAAACCUCAAUGCUUAACCAUGCCGUGCCUAUCAUGUGAGAAUCACUGGCUUUUAGUACCAAUCAGAAAUAUUUUAACGCGCUUGAAUUAACAUUUAAAUAAUUGCUGAGUAAGAUUAUAUUUACUAUAUGCUUGGAUUUCAUUUCCCCUAAUUCUGUGAUUUUUUUGUG